AUGGCCACCAACAGAGGCAUCACCACCAUUCGAGGCACUGACUACAAAUCUCCCCACGGAGUUCCGCUGGACCUUCUCGACAGAACCCUCAUCAUCGCCACAGAACCCUACUCCGAGCACGAAAUGAUGAAGAUAAUAGAGCUGCGGGCGGAGGAGGAAGACGUGGAGCUGGAGGGCGAGGCGCAGCAGCUGCUGUGCCGCGUCGGACUGGACAGCUCGCUGCGCUACGCGCUGCACUUAAUAACAGUGGCGAGUUUGGUGGCGAAGAGAAAAAAGAAAACUUCCGUGGGACUCGACGAAGUCCGCAAGGUCUACAGCCUUUUCCUCGACGUCAAGCGCAGCACCCAGUACCUCGUGGAAUACCAAAGAGAAUUUAUGUUUUCCGAACUCACUGAACAAGAAACUGGAGAUGUCACAAUGCGAGAAGCAGAGGCCCCCAAGGUCUAA